GGCGGAGGGUGCUGAGAGAGAAGCCGCUGCUGCAAAUCCGCUCGGAGCGUCGGAGCCUGGGCGCAGCCCGGGAUCGCGCCGCCGUCGCCGGGGAGCCGCUCGCUUCCGUGGCCCGGGCCUCAGCGCAAGCGGGCUGGGCCAUGGCAGCCGCCGCGGUCCCGGGCCGUCGCUGAGCAGCCGUUAAGCCGCCCGCCCGGGUUCGGCCCGCGCCGCUGCCGCUGCUGCCGCCGCCGCCGCCGCCGCCGCCGCGGCCCAGGCUCCGCUCAAGUUUCCGCCCAGAAGCCGAGGCGACCGCGGGCCCGCUCGCCUGCUCGCCCGCUCGCCCGCUAUGUGGGGCCGUUUCCUGGCCCCGGAGGCUGGCGGCCGGGACAGCCCCGGCGGGGCCCGCAGCUUCCCUGCGGGCUUGGAUUAUUCAUCAGCAUGGUUACCUGGUAAUGAGUCAUUGUGGCAGGCCACAACUGUUCCAUCUAGCCAUCGAAAUAGCCAUAUCAGGAGACACAGUAUAACUUCUGACAGUGGAGACACUGGCAUUGGCACUUCCUGUUCUGACAGCGUGGAAGAUCACUCAACUUCAAGUGGCACACUCUCUUUUAAACCUAGUCCAUCAUUGGUUACUCUUCCCACUGCCCAUGUGAUGCCAUCCAACUCCAGUACUUCAAUUUCCAAACACAGGGACUCUCUGGCAUCAGAGGGCUCUAAAUGGAGUGCAAGCCUCCUGCAGACAUUGGGAGACCACAGGGGAGGGGAGCAGGACUCCUCACUAGACAUGAAAGACUUCCGGCCCCUGCGGAAAUGGUCAUCUUUGUCCAAACUUCCUGCCCAGGAGAACUGCAACCAGAGUGGCAUUGUAUGCACAGAAGAGUUGAGGAGUGAUUUGGAAAAGGCAGGGAAGGGCAGGGCUUUCCCAUCCCACUUAAGGACCUUUGGGCCUAGUUGCUUACAUGACAGUAUGGAGAUGCUUAAGCUCGAUGACAAAGAAAUAAGUAAAAAGCGCUCGUCAACCCUGGACUGCAAGUAUAAAUUUGAGAGCUACAACAAAGAGGACAUCAGAGCCGCUGCCUCUGCUCUCAGGAGACAGACCUUAGACAUGACGUACAGUGCCUUACCUGAGAGCAAGCCCAUUGUGACAGGCUCAGAGGCUUUUGAGUCUCCAAAGUAUUUAAUGCUUGGCCAGCAGGCAGUAGGUGGAGUUCCCAUUCAGCCUUCUGUGAGGACGCAGAUGUGGCUUACAGAGCAGCUACGGACAAACCCAUUGGAAGGCAGAACUACAGAGGAUUCUUACAGUUUAGCUCCUUGGCAACAGCCGCAAAUUGAAGAGUUUCAACAAGGAAGUGAAACGCCAAUGCAGGUUUUACCUGGAUCAUCUCGUCAGAGUUACUCACCUUCUGGCUUUCAGGAUUUCAGUAAGUGGGAAUCAGUGUUGAAAAUAAAAGAAGGACUUCUAAGGCAGAAGGAAAUUGUAAUUGAUAGGCAGAAGCAACAAAUUAACCACCUACACGAAAGGAUAAGGGAUAAUGAACUGCGGGCACAACAAGCCAUGCUAGGACAUUAUGUAAAUUGUGAGGACUCUUACAUGAGCAGUUUGCAGCCACAAUAUGAGAACAGUUCAGUCCAGACUCCAUUUUCAGAGCAGUCACUAUCCCAUCCCCAACAGGAAGAACUGGAGCAAAAACUAGCAUCGACUGAGAAGGAAGUUUCACAGCUCAACGAGUUCCUCAAACAAAAACUAAACCAGUUUAGUGAGGAGAAGAAGAAGCUGGAGGAAAAGCUGAAAACCAGAGAUAGAUACAUCAACAGCCUGAAAAAGAAAUGCCAGAAGGAAUCUGAGCAAAACAAAGAAAAGCAGAGAAGAAUUGAGACCUUGGAAAAGUACCUGGCAGAUCUUCCAACUCUAGAUGAUGUACAGAGUCAGAGUCUACAGCUGCAAGUCCUUGAAGAAAAAAACAAGAAUUUGCAGGAGACUUUGAUAGACACAGAGAAGAAGCUUGAGGAGAUUAAGAAGCAAUGUCAAGAUAAAGAAAUGCAGCUACUGUGCCAGAAGAAGAAGGAAAAGGAGCUGGUGACUUCUGUUCAGAGUUUACAACAAAAAGUAGAAAAAUGCCUUGAAGAUGGAAUCCGCCUUCCCAUGUUAGAUGCAAAACAGCUUCAAAGUGAAAAUGAUAAUCUCAGAGAGCAGAAUGCAACCGCUAGUAAGAUAAUAGAGAGCCAGCAGGAUGAAAUUAACAGAAUGAUUUUAGAAAUUCAGUCUAUGCAAGGGAGACUUUGUAAAGAGAAGCUGACUGCCAAGAGCAUGGUGGAGGAGCUAGGAAGGAAAGAAGGCAGCCUCCACAGGGUAACAGAAGCCCUGCUCCAAAACCAAAGACAAAUAGGACAAACAUUCUCGUUACUGGACCAGGACCAGGAAGCAGAGCAGUCUGGGCUGCAGACCCUCCUUUCUAAGUGGCCGCUCUUUGAUCUGACUGUGAUUGACCAGCUCUUCAAGGAAAUGUCCUAUUGUUUAUUUGACUUGAAAGCAUUGUGUAGUAUUCUUAAUCAGCGAGCUCAGGGCAAGGAGCCUAACCUUUCAUUGUUACUGGGAAUCAGAUCAAUGAACUGUUCAGCUGAAGAGACUGAAAAUGACCACAGCCCAGAAGCACUCACUAAAAAGCUCUCGGAUGUGUGCCAGUUACGGAGGGACAUUGAUGAAUUAAGGACUACAAUAUCAGACCGCUAUGCUCAGGACAUGGGAGAUAACUGCGUUACCCAGUGACCAAGUGUUGGUCCACAGCAACAAUGACCCGUUGUGAAAUGCUGCUGUGUUAGCCUCCUUUGUUUCUCCGUAGGACUUAGAAGGGAAAGGCGAAGCUCCUGGCGGUGUAUUCCGGCUUUGUCGUCGUCAUCGUUCGUGUUGGUGUUGGUAUUGUUCGGUUUGCUUUACUGAGGAAGUUUGAAGGGGCUGAUGAAAUCACGCAAACAAUCAUGUUACUAUUUGAAAAAUGAGAUAAUGUCUGCAAGAAAAAGAGCAAAACAAUCUGCAUGUUCAAACUACUGAUUGUAGGACCAAGCUGUGAACAGUGCUCUUCAGAUAAAGGCAUAGGGUUUCCUUAAUCCUAUCAUUUUCUGUGUAUACAUGUGACUGCUCAUUCAUUCUCUCGCUUGAUCACUCUGUCUCUGUCUGUCUUUCAGUCUGUCUCUUUGUGGAGGAUUUCAAGGGUCAAAGCAAGGCUUUGAAAGUCACACACUGUCAAUCUUCAUUUUGGAAUUUUAUAGGCAGGCUGACUAGACCCAAUACCCAGGCAAUGUUCUAAUGCAGAAGGAUAGGGAGCAAAAUCAUUAGUUCUUUUAAAAGUGAAUGUAUUGAGAUGGUGGGAUUGUGAAGUUAGGCUGAUUUUGGCACUGAGCACAGCUAUUUCUUCCAGAGUGGUCAUAGAUUAUCUCACAGUGUAAAAUUCUGCUGUGAUGGUUUUUUUCAUUGGCUGUGUAAUCUAUGAUGUAUAUGUAAGCAGAGCCAUAUAAAAUUAAUAGGAGCCCUCUGUGGCCUUCAAUGACUAUUAUAAAAAGAAAGAUGAUAAAGUAACUCUAGCAGAGUUGCUUUUUAUCCACAUUUCAGCAUUCACAGUUAAACAGUUCUGUGCCUGCUUUAAAAUAUAAGAGAAAGCCAAUUCAUUCAUACAUGAAUUAACAGUAACAUAAAACAAAACCUAAGUCUCAAUGAUAUUUUAAUUUCUUUUAUUAGAUUUGUUAAAUUACAAACAGCUUGUCAUGGAUUAUGAUAUUACUUAGGUUAGUUCAUCUGGAGCACAGGGUACUACUAUGAAAUGCAAAUCAUUUGAGCAGAUACACAGCCAUUUAAACUUCAAAUAAUACUGUCUGUGUAUCAUUUUAUGUUUUAGAAAGAUUAUAUAUUUUAUUGCCGGUUGAGAAUUCAUUACAGUCUUUUUAAUACAGGCAAAGCAUUGCCCUUUAUAGGUUGAUUUUCUUUUCCUUCCUUCCUCCUUCCCUUCCUCCCUCUCUCCCUCUUUCCCUCCCUUCCUUCUUAAUGCAGCCCAGUUUUCUUCAGGCAGGACUUCAUAGGUGGGAGAGUAAAGGGUGUGGAACCAGCAGGAUAGUACUGUUGACUGAGAUCACACAAAUACCCAUUUUUCUUGCUAAGCUUAUUCUGGUAUAGAGCUUGCUCCUAGAAAAGAUUUUUCUUAAUCUCAACAAUGAAAACUUAGUGGGACAGGCCUUUGAGGAGAUUGCUCAGAAAGAUACUCAGUUCAGAACGGGCCUGUAUUCUGCUGUCCAUAGUCAUUUGAUAGUUAUAUUCCAGUAGUUAGUCAUACUACAUCACGAUGACAAAUUUCCCUUCUAUUUAGUGCUGAAUCCACUAUAUUCCUUCUCCUGGGAUCUGGCUACUAAUAAAUCCAUGUGUUGAAGUGAAUAUGCAUGCCAACUCUCUAACCCAGAGAAGAUCUUAGCCACUCUAAGAAUGGUCCUUUAAAAAUGAAUUCAUUGGGUUUUAAGACUAAUGUUUUGAUGACAAUCAAGAAAUUGUUUGUUGCAAAAAUAUAUGCUGUGCAAAAGGUAAUGUCUGUGCAGAUAGUCCCAAGCUGGAAAGUCAGAUGAUAGCAUCUAUAUGGGUCAACCACAGUGCAGCAAGUAACAGAUUAACUUCUCUUUGGCUAGAGUCCUUACCAUCCUAUCAUGAUGUCAGAAAUAAAGCCACCUAAAACUAUAGCAUUAUAGAGCAACCAGUGCUGAUUUGUGUUAGCAUCUCCUUAUGUCUCCUAAGUCCUAGGUUUUUAGGUUUUAUAGUUGCUGUUUUUUUUUAAACAAAUUUAUGGUCAUAUAUAUUAAUAUAUAUGUAUACACACACACACACACAUAUAUAUAUACAUACAUAUACACAUAGAGAAAGACACACAUACCUUUUUUUUUUUCAGGCCACUUGCAAUAAAUAAUUUUUGUUUUGGCUAGUUUUCUAAAAUUUAAAGAAUUUAAUUCAUGUAUCUUAGAAUAAAAAAUUUAAGAAAUUACCAAACUGUUACUGAUACAUUUCAGUUUCUAAAUUGUAUACUACCAUUUAAAAGACAUUCAGAUGUGAUAGAUUUGAUAUAAUGGACUACAAAAUACCAAUCUCUUACCAGAGUCUAGAGAGUAAUGAAGGGCUUUGAUAGAAAGUAGUCCACUUUGGAGGGAAUUUUGAAGAAGAUGGAACUAGUUGUGUGCUAGUUAGUCAGCAUUUCAUUUUUCAGAACCAUCUCCUUCCUUAAGAUACACCUUUGUUAGAACAGUAAUAAUAUCACAUCACAUUGAAAACAAAAAUUUACCAUUAGGUCAAGUAAGAUGGCAAAUAGCAAUUCUAUAGUGUUUGAUCCCCAUUUCGAAGUAGAGUGUACAUGGAAGUUACUAUAAUAACAUAGCCUAAAAUAAAAGGGAACUUAAAUUCUAAAGUAAAUCUAUCUGUAAAUUUCCAUAUGUAAUGAACUUUCUUUUCGUUUAUGCUUUUGUGUAUAAAGUCUUUAUUCUCUUAGAAAGUGUUACACAGUAUUUUAUUUUUAGUCUGUUCAAGCUGAAGCCAUUCGAACACAGUCACAUAGAACAGAAGUAGACUAUCAGUUGCCGCAGGAAAGACACCUGUUACCUAUGCAGGUAAAACUAGCUGAAUGAAGGACACAAUAAUGCACCAUCCUUACAUUUGAUGUCAGAAAAAUAGACUUAAACUUAGUACAUUUUCAGUGACCUCUGAUUUCAAGAUUUCAAGUGACUAGGUAAAUAUACAAGGAUUUUAUUUUUAAGAGCAUGGUCCCUUUUAAUAUUUAGAAUAAGAUUCACUGUUAAUGUUAGCAUUAUUUUCUUAGUGGUUGUGGGUUGUAAUUUUGUGAAAUUGAAUUUAACUUUCAGUUGCUUGUUAGAAAAAUUCAAGAGCUAGAAAUGUUGCUAAAAUGAAUAUUGGACAGUUGGAUAUAGAAGCUUGUGAGGAAAUGCUGUUCUUGUUUCAGUAGGAAUCUCUGACAGGAUGUCUGUAGAGGGGCUGUUUCAUUGGCGAAUGCUCUUUAAAUACCUGUAAUAGUCACUGAGCAACAGGAGCUGAGCACUGGGCUAUUUUGCACAGUACUGUUCAAUUCUAGCACGCCUCUGGUUUGGAUUGCUGGAGUUCUUGUCUAGAUCUCUGUCACUGGAUAUGUAAUUACAGUGAUAGGGUGGUCUCUGAAUGACCAUACAGAGCAGAUGACAUUUGGAAACACCAAUAGCUCUUGCAUCCCGUUUAUUUCCAUUUCUGACAGUUCUUUUCAGUGUUCACAAAUGAAGAGACACUGUCUCCUAUUUGAUAUAAAAAGUAAAAUUUUCAGCUUCACCUCCCAAACACAUUGAUGGUAAUUGCUGUAUGAAUAUAUCAUACAUCUAAUCAUGAAAGGGGAUGAUUUGAGAUUUCUUCUUACUGAAAUGAAAUAUUGACUAUAAUAGAAUGUACUUUGAAAUCAGUAUCAUCGGCAACACUGUUGCGGCUGCAUACAGAGAGAACCUUUCGUGCCUUUUUGCCUGCACUGUUUAUUUCUCUUACAUGAGCUAUAAGAAUGUUGAUUAUUGCACCUUGUUCUUUGGUAAAUAGACUUAAGAACUUUUCUAAAACGAGCCAUUUCUUCUUAGAUGAUAGUUACCUUAGUAGACAUGAGAGGAUGUAUCAUAUUUGGAUGUGUUUGAAGCCCAGCCUUUUCUUUAUAGAGAGCAGGAAAUUCCUUUCAAAUGUAUUCAUUUGUAUGUAUGUGUGUGUAUUUAUAUAUAUUAUAUAUAUAUGUAGUAAUUUAAACACUUAAGCGUGAGAUUAACAUCAUGUUGGCUGGUGACCAGAAGUAGUAAGGUGCUAGCUGGUCACACUAAAAAGCACAGUGGAGUGUGCAAUCAGUCACUGACUGGUGGGCUUGUAAACUAGGUUCAGGUUUUGAACCACCAGAAUACCUCAUGUGUAAAUACAGUGUUCAUGACUUAACUGAAAUACAGUUAUUGUAAAAAAAAAAAAAAAAUGUGAAGCCACUGGCUGGCUUAUGCCUUCUGACUUUUUGUUUUUCCUCCUUUUUGGAAAGGAGUUAUUUGUGGUUUUGUUUUUUAAGUAGGGUUUACAGCUAGAAAUUUGAAUGCCAAAGUUCUAUUUAUUAAACUAAGAAAAAAAGUUUUCAAUGUUAAUGGCUAGUAUUUUUCCACUGGACUAUUGUUUGUUGAUGUUGGAAUUUGUAUUUACAGAGAAAUAAAUUUUUUACAAAAAUA